AUGGCCUCUCGCCACUCGCGCAAAUUCUUGAGGCCCUUGCUCUAUACAUCUGCUGCGGCAGCUGCAGGAGCAGGUGUUCUUUACAUCUCAUAUCGUCCUCGCAAUAUUCCCGGCUCUGAAGCCCCCGCCGUACCACCUCCCGGCUACCAUGAAGGGAAGCUUGUCCCUCCGAGCUUUCCCACAAUCAAAUCUCGAUUAGAUCAGAUCGAAGACCUUAAGCGCAGUACUUCAAGUAAGGACGAUGAAUACGACCUGCUUGUCAUUGGUGGUGGCGCUACCGGCUCCGGGAUUGCGCUUGACGCUGCAACUCGAGGUCUGAAGGUAGCCGUUGUGGAAAGAGAUGACUUCAGUGCCGGUACAAGCAGCAAGAGUACUAAGCUGGUGCACGGUGGUGUCCGUUAUCUCGAAAAAGCCGUGUGGGAGUUGGAUUACAAUCAGUAUAAACUCGUGAAGGAAGCGUUGAGAGAACGCAAGUAUUUUUUGAACACAGCGCCCCAUCUUUCGAGUUGGCUUCCUAUCAUGGUUCCGGUGCAGAAAUGGUGGCAGGCGCCUUAUUUCUGGGCUGGUACAAAGGCGUACGACUGGUUGGCCGGCUCGGAAGGUAUUGAGAGCUCAUAUUUCCUCACAAAGAGCAAGGCUGUCGAUGCAUUCCCCAUGCUGAGAAAAGAUAAUAUCUUCGGUGCUAUGGUCUAUUACGACGGAGCGCACAAUGAUUCUCGAAUGAACGUCUCUUUGGCAAUGACCGCGGCUCUAUAUGGAGGCACCGUCGUCAACCACAUGCAAGUCACUGGCUUGACCAAGGAUGCAUCAGGCAAAUUGAACGGUGCCCGCGUGAAGGAUUUGAUUCCCGGCAAGAAUGGUCAAGAAGCAGAAGAGAUCACGAUCAAGGCCAAGGGUAUCAUUAAUGCCACCGGUCCUUUUACGGAUUCUAUUCGGAAGAUGGAUGAGCCUUCUGUCAAGGAGAUCGUAGCUCCUAGUGCCGGCGUGCAUGUCAUCCUGCCCGGUUACUACAGCCCCUCAAACAUGGGUCUUAUUGAUCCCUCUACUUCCGACGGGCGCGUCAUCUUUUUCCUUCCUUGGCAAGGAAAUACUAUCGCUGGCACCACGGAUCAGCCAACGGAGAUCACAACCCAGCCGGAGCCAUCUGAAAAGGACAUCAACUGGAUUCUUUCUGAAGUGCGCGGCUAUCUGGCACCAGAUAUCAACGUCGACCGAACCGAUGUGCUCGCUGCAUGGUCGGGGAUACGCCCUCUGGUUCGGGAUCCCAAAGUGAAAAGCUCUGAGGCCCUAGUUCGCAACCAUCUCAUCUCCGUCUCUCCCUCGGGAUUGUUGACCUGUGCUGGCGGAAAAUGGACCACUUACCGGCAAAUGGCGGAAGAGGCUGUGGAUGAGGCCAUCAAUGUGUUUGGCUUGAAGCCCCGAGGCGUUUCUAAUGCCCCUGACAUCAGCGGUGUCGGAGGCAGUGGCUUGGUCUCUGAUGGUGCCGUCCUCGAUGGCAGCUGCCAGACUCACCAGGUCCGUUUGAUUGGGGCUCACGGAUACUCCAAUACUCUUUUCAUCAAUCUCAUCCAGCACUUCGGUUUGGAGACCGAUGUAGCCAAGCAUCUGACGCAGUCAUAUGGUGACCGCGCCUGGCAGGUUGCAGCCCUCUCUUCCCCCACAGAUGCCCGCUUUCCCUUGCGGGGCCGACGUAUCUCGGCUCUGUACCCCUUCAUUGAUGGGGAGAUUCGCUAUGCCGUUCGUCACGAAUACGCCCAAACUGCGGUAGAUGUUAUGGCUCGCAGAACCCGCUUGGCUUUCCUGAACGCGGAAGCGGCACUUGAAGCCCUUCCCAAUAUCAUUGAUUUAAUGGGUACUGAAUUGGGUUGGGAUGAUAAGAGAAAGGAAACCGAAUGGAAGGAUUCCGUUUCGUUCCUCUCUUCGAUGGGCCUUCCCAAGUAUCUUCUGGGCUUCUCCAGAGCAGACGUGGAGGCAGGAAGGGUGAAAGAUAUGGAUAUUUCCGAGCGCAAGCUGCUCUCCAAAGCUGAUCCUCCAGCAGACAUGCUCAACAGUGACCUAAACACCGAUUCUUCGGAUUCUUCGAAUCGGCUGAUCAGUGUUGAUUCCCCAGCCAACAAAUAG